UGAGCAAAAUGCAGCUGGAAAAUGGACAGGGUCAGACUGUUGGGCUUGCUGGCCGAGUUCAGAGUGUGAACCUCACCCUGAAAUCAAUGGGAAACAACUGGAGGCCUUAGCAGGGGAAUGAUGUUCCCAUGUGCUUGCUGAGUGGAGUAAGAGGGAUGUGGAAGGCCACAUACGAGACAAGGACAGCAGCUCUGGAAAAUUGCCAAGGAUGCAGAAGGAAAUGAAGAUGAUCAAAGAUGAGGAUGUGCAUUUCAAUCUGGGUGUGAAGAGAGCCCCCUCCUUUCCCCACUGCCUGCAGCCAGUGGUUUCCCGAGGGAAGGCUCCCCAAAGACACCCCUUCCCAGAAGCUCUCCGGGGGCCUUUUUCCCAGUUUCGAUAUGAACCUCCUCCAGGACACCUAGAUGGAUUCCCCGGGGUCUUUGAAGGAGGAGGGUCUCGGAAACGGAAGAGCAUGCCCACCAAGAUGCCCUACAGCCACCCUGCGGAAGAGGCCCCUCUCGCCCUCCACUCCGAGGAGAGCAAAAACCACGGCCCUCCGAACCUCUCCCUGCUCUUCCCGCAGCCCCCGCGCCCCAAGUAUGACUCGCAAAUGAUCGACCUGUGCAACGUGGGCUUCCAGUUCUACCGCACCCUGGAACACUUGGGGGGCAAGCCGGUCAAGCAGGAGCCCGUGAAGCCCAGCGCCGUUUGGCCCCAGCCGACACCCCCUCCGUUCCUGCCCGCGCCCUACCCCUACUACCCCAAGGUCCCCCCGGGCCUCAUGUUCCCCUUCUUCAUGCCCUCUGCCUCCCCCUUCCCCUUCAGCCGGCACACCUUCCUGCCCAAGCAGCCCCCGGAAGCGCUGCUGCCGCGCAAGGCCGAGCCUCAGGAGAGCGAGGAGGCCAAGCAGAAGGUGGAGCGGGUGGACGUGAACGUGCGCAUCGACGACAGUUACUACGUGGACGUGGGCGGGGCGCAGAAGCGCUGGCAGUGCCCCACCUGCGAGAAGUCCUACACCUCCAAGUACAACCUGGUGACCCACAUCCUGGGCCACAGCGGGAUCAAGCCGCACGCGUGCACCCGCUGCGGGAAGCUCUUCAAGCAGCUCAGCCACCUGCACACCCACAUGCUCACCCACCAGGGCACGCGGCCCCACAAGUGCCAGGUGUGCCACAAGGCCUUCACGCAGACCAGCCACCUGAAGCGCCACAUGAUGCAGCACAGCGAGGUGAAGCCGCACAACUGCCGCGUGUGCGGCCGGGGCUUUGCCUACCCCAGCGAGCUCAAGGCCCACGAGGCCAAGCACGCCAGCGGGCGCGAGAACAUCUGUGUGGAGUGCGGCCUCGACUUCCCCACCUUGGCCCAGCUCAAGAGGCACCUCACCACUCACCGGGGCCCCAUCCAGUACAGCUGCUCCGAGUGCGACAAGACCUUCCAGUACCCGAGCCAGCUGCAGAACCACAUGAUGAAGCACAAGGACAUCCGGCCCUACAUCUGCUCCGAGUGCGGCAUGGAGUUCGUGCAGCCCCACCACCUCAAGCAGCACUCCCUCACCCACAAGGGUGUGAAGGAACACAAAUGUGGGAUUUGUGGGCGGGAGUUCACUCUGUUGGCCAACAUGAAGAGACACGUGCUGAUUCAUACCAACAUCCGCGCCUACCAGUGUCACCUGUGCUACAAGAGUUUUGUGCAGAAACAGACCCUCAAGGCACACAUGAUCGUUCAUUCUGACGUGAAGCCUUUCAAAUGCAAGCUGUGUGGGAAGGAAUUCAACCGGAUGCACAACCUAAUGGGCCACAUGCACCUGCACUCCGACAGCAAACCCUUCAAGUGUCUCUACUGCCCAAGCAAAUUCACCCUAAAGGGGAACCUGACACGCCACAUGAAAGUCAAGCAUGGAGUCAUGGAGCGGGGCCUCCAUUCUCAAGGUUUUGGAAGGGGGCGAAUUGCCCUGGCGCAGACGGCAGGAGUGCUGAGGGGUCUGGAGCAGGAGGAGCCCUUUGACCUUUCCCAGAAGCGUGGAGUGAAGGGGCCGGCGUUCCAGUCAGAUGGGGAGAGUGCCCGGGGCAGCUCCUGCCAUGAGGAAGAGGAGGAGGACAAUAGCUAUGAAGUGGGUGGAGACAGCCCCGGCCUGGACCCCCAACCCAGGCAGCCCUGCACCCCCCAGGAUCUCACCACCCAGCCCGAGCAGGCUCCCAGGGUGCUUGAGGACACCUGUGAGGAGGAAAAGGAGGACAAGCCAAACAGAGAGCACCAGGAGAGGAGCAAGGACAGCCUGGGGGCAGAGGGCAGCCUGGAGAGAGAAUCUGCCCACAAGGAAGAGUGUCUCCGUCUCAGGGCUCUGCAGAGUGCUCGGAGGGGCCCCUCCUUUUCUGAUUACCUGUACUUCAAGCACAGAGAUGAGAGUUUAAAGGAAUUACUGGAGAGGAAAAUGGAAAAACAAGCAGUGCUUUUAGGUAUCUAAGUGGACAGCUCUAAAAUUACAUUUGGAAAAUGAGAAUAGGCAGUUCAAAUAUAGCUUUCUGCACGAGCUGUCAUUUGCUGGAGACUGGCAAAUGGCGCAGAUCUUUACAAAUGGCCUGGACUAAACGAGCAGGGAUUGUCCUCACUAAUACAAAUGCUUCUCAGGUCAUUCCUUGGGCCCUUGAUUUUUAACAUGCAUGCGGGGGCUUCUUCAGUGCUAUUUCAUGCUUCUCCAGUAUAAUAAGCUGUACAUAUUCUAGAUACCUAAUUCUAAGCAGAUGCUGAGGUGCUUUUAGAAAUUGUUUUCCUUUGACUAAUACAUAAUACGUGGUAGAUUUCUUUUUAGUUGCAAAAAUAUGGUGCUUGACAUGUUACCUUAUUAAUGAUGAUUUAGUUGAAUGUGUGGAAGUUAUAAUAUUUUUCCAGAUAGAUGAAAAUAUUAGUAGUUGUAUAUAUAAAAAUCACCUUUAUUGAAUCAUCCACAAUGCCAAAAAUGACAAAGGAGGGUGAGGUAUUGAAGAGAAUAUUCUCAAGUAGUUUCCGCAUGUUUAAGAAAACAGGAAUAAUUUUAACUAAUGAAAACCCAGCAGAACUUAGAUCCUUGCCUGGGUCUGCCUUGUUCUGCAGCAGCUUCCGUCAUCAGGUAUGGCUUAUGGCGCCCAUUUUCAGAUGGUCCCCAAAGUGGUCAGUGUGUCCCAGCUCACCCCUUGUGUCCUGAGCAGAGCCCCCUCCUGGAGACCUUGCUCUGAGGCCUCAUGCCCCACAAGGCAGCUGCAGGAAGCCUUAGGUGCAGUGGGUUUCUUCUCAGUGCCAGACCAGGGAUGUGGGGAGGAAUUCUUGAAAUCUGAUCACUGCUUAUUUAGAGUAUUAUGCUAACCAUCAGGUAGUUACUGGUAAGCAGAUUCUGGGCUGUGUUCUCAAAGCUGCCUGCAUAUCAGAAUCAUCUAGGGGAACCUUAAAAAAUAAUACCAAGGCUGAGCCUCAGCUGCUGAGAGUCUGAUUUCAUUGGUCUAGUGGAACCCCAAUAUGGGUAUUUGUUUAAAAGUUUUCCCCAGAGGAUUCUUCUGUGCAACCAGGGUUGAGAAAGAUGGACGAGGUUAAAAUGGUGGCUCCCAAGACUCCUCCCAGGGACUCCAUAAAUAUUUGUUUCUGCCUUCAGAUUCAUUAAAAUAUGGAGUAGGAGACCUUGAAAUCAUCCUGCUGAUUUAGGGCUUCUCACCUGUUCUGUAAGAGCCUCUUGACAUGAACACGCACACGCACACACACAACACACACACACAUACUCUUGUAUAAUCACACAAUUUUGUACUAGAAGAUGAUGCCUGUGAUGUUUAUGGUCACUUAAUAAGUCUAAAAAUACACAGCCCGCCUACAGUGACUAAUUAUUUCUUCCUAGAUGCUUGAAUCGUGAUUCUAGUCAGGGGUGAAGACUACCGUGGGUGGCUUGAGCCCAGCAGUAGGCUUUCCUUAGGCAUGGGUGCCAGAUAAAGCAGUGCCUACAGGAUGUCGCAUACCUGUGACUAGCCAUAAGCAGUAACCCUCUGGUACUGUGUCUGUGUUUAUAUAAAAACUGCCUCUUGGUUGGUAGUCUCAACUCUUAUUCGUAGAGGUAGGUACUGUUUAUUACUUUGCUUUCUCUUCUCCUAAAGUUCCUAGUACAUUUCUUUAGACCACCUGGCCCAUCUCUGACUGCUGGAUGUGGCUUUUUCUUUUGGCCAAGGUGCUUCCCCCUCAGCCGCAUCUACUUCAAAUCAUCCACCCGUGGGCUUUGUCAAUCUUGACACAUUUCUCCUGCUACCUUGCUUAAAGCUCUUUCUUUCAGCCUUACCACCAUGACAAAGUGCCAAAGCUGCCUGGGUUUCCUACUGCCAUCCAUGCCCUGAGGUCAAGCACCUGCAAAGGGGAUGGUGAGUGGAAUAGUGUGGGUUUCUGUGGUGCAAGCACAGCUCUGUGCCGGGAAACUCUUCCAAGUCUUCAGAGGGGCAACUUGCCUUCCGUUCAUUUUGAAUAUCGCUCAUUAGUGCCUCUGAUGACAUCACUCACAAGGCUGGCAGCAUGGUCUGUGAGGCCUCCGGCUCUUGGGGUCCUGUUACGUGUUCAUUCUUUCAGUAGCCCUGUGUCAAAGACAUACUGUAAGGGCUGCAGACUUCCGGUUCAUUCUGGGUAUGGAACAGGAACAGGCUGGAACAGGAACCAGGAAAUCCAGAAUAGCAAACUCUAGUCUUUUCCAACCAAAUGAAUCAUGUGGGUAUGUUUGAGGAACAAGUUCAUGUUGAGAUAGAGAGAGCAUGGUCUAGAAUGGAGGUUUCCAAAUUGUGGAUCGAGGAGUCAGAGGUCCCUCUUGGGUCCCUCCAGAGCUGCCAGGGAAGAAGGAGAGACUCUCAGCCCUCAUUCCCACUUCACUCAAAGUGGUUCAAAUUUCAUUUGUUUUUCAUGUUAGCCUUCCAAGUAAAAUUUCAUUUUGAGGGAGAAAAAAAUAUCUAAGGAAAGUAAUUUAAAAAGUGUUAUGAAGUAUAUUAUAAAGCCUGUUUUUAGUUCUUAACUCUGGGUAUGAGAGACUUAAUUAGAUCUAGCCUGAGGGUAAAUAUACACUGACUCUGUGAGAAAUGUGGCCAAAAUCUGUUGAGUGACCAACAUCCUGGUUUACCUGAAACAACCCUGGUUUAUAGCUUUGUCCCAGAGUAAUUACUAAGAGUGUCACUUUAACUCUCAAAAGUAUCCCAGUUUGGGGGCCUGGGUGGCUCAGUUGGUUGAAUGUCUGAGUCGUGGUUUUGGCUCAGGUCAUGAUUUUGAGGUUCAUGAGACUGAGCCCUGAGUCAGGCUCCACAUUGACUGUGCAGAGCC